AGUCGUACCGAUUGACAGAAUUACCGACGAGUCCUAAAUGUUAGAUUUUCUUAAAGGGAAGUCAGUGGCAGUAAAAUCUGAAAAUGACAGUUUAUUACACAAAUCACAAGAGCGAGGAAGGAGGGUUUCGUGGUGGGCGUGGCCAAAUCUUGGUUUGGUUGCAUCGCAGCGCAUACACAAUGGCUGCUGGAAAGAGGGGAAAGCAAACAAUUUUUAGGCCCGCCGCGUCCAGCAAAAAAUAUGAGAAAAAAAUUAUUAAAAAUCCGGGAAAUAGUUGAAAGUCAAGAAAAAUACCAUAGAAAGGAUGUUAACGCUCCCACGGGCCUUGCGUCUCUGCUGUGUUGAAGAUUUGGGCUGUCACACUCUCUCUGUGCUGGGACAUAUCACUCGUGUCCACCACAUGGCUUGCUGUCGCUAAGUUGCCAUGGCAACGGUAUCUCCAAACGACUGCCCCACCACGGCAGAACACUGUCGAGUGCGGAAGAGGAGAGUAGAGGGUAAAGUGAGGAAGAACUUCUCCUGUCAGUUGUGUGAGAAGGCUUUCAACAGCUUGGAGAAGCUGAAGGUACAUUCGUACUCCCACACAGGGGAAAGACCGUAUCACUGCACACACACUGACUGCACCAAGGCCUUUGUCUCCAAGUAUAAACUCUUACGGCACAUGGCCACACACUCUCCAGAAAAGACACACAAGUGCAGCUACUGCGAGAAGAUGUUCCACCGUAAAGAUCACCUGAAGAACCACCUCCACACACACGACCCCAACAAGGAGGCUUUCAGCUGCACAGAAUGUGGCAAGAGCUACAAUACCAAAUUAGGCUUUAGAAGGCACCAAGCCCUUCAUGCCGCACACCGUGGAGACCUCACCUGCCAGGUGUGUCUACAGUCAUACCCAAGCACUCCCCUACUGCUGGAGCACCUACGCGGGCACGCAGGGAAAAGCGCUACCGCAACUAAGGAAAAGCGACAUCAGUGUGAGCACUGCGAAAGGCGUUUUUACACCCGUAAGGACGUGCGACGCCACUUGGUUGUGCAUACAGGACGCAAGGACUUCCUUUGCCAGUACUGCGCACAACGAUUCGGCCGCAAGGACCACCUUACCCGGCAUGUUAAGAAAAGCCACGCUCAUGAGUUGCUGAGGGUUAAGGCAGAGCCCGUAGAUUUGAUGGAGUCACAAUCCUUGCCAACAUCUGGGCCUCUCUCUCUAAGGUAUCCAAUAGGUCAUGCUUCUUACUCGCCACCGCCGCCACUGAGGGCGGAGCUUGAAAGUUAUCUCUUAGAGCUACAGGCUGAAGAUACACCCAAGCUGAGUGCUUCUGCAACGGUGACUGGAGAGACAACAUCGUCCCUGGAUUUUCUGUCUCCAUUGUUUAAUUUUCUGCCUUACAACCAAGGGGCAGGGCCUACUUUGGGAGUGGCUUACAGCCAGGAGGAGGGGCUACUGACCACCCCCAUGCAAGACACCCCAGAGCCUCUUAGCCUCCUUCACACAAUCACACAUUCACACACACUGUCACAAACAAAUGCACUCACUCCGAGUUAUACACAUCCACCAUCUCUGAAUACAACCACCACCCUGCCUCGCUUCCACCAAGCCUUCCAGUAACCCAAAUACAUUCUCACACUUACAAUUUUUGUAGCACUUAUUAAAACACUCUUAUGUUUAUUAUCAACUUAGCCCUUAAUCAGAUUCAUACAAGCAUAGAGUCUCUGAAAUCCCGCCAAGGCAACAAUCUGCUUCCUCAAGCCAGUACCACAUUUUUAAGGAAAGUCUUGAGGACAGUAUCACACUUUUGGUCAUUCAAGAAGUUGAAAAUGCAAUACUCAUUUUAUUUUCCGUCUAGAGGUGUUUGGGCAAUCAUUUUAACAAUGGAGGAUGCCAAUCACCUGACAAAUAUAACUGAACAUUAAAUACAUGGUUAUGUGAUUUGUAAGAGCAGAGUUCAGUUUGCAGUGACGUUUCACUCUCAACAUGCUGAAAGAGAGAGAGAGAUUAACACUUUUAAGUCAUUAACACUUUAAACUUCUAGCGGUGUUGAAGUUCCAUCAAAGCUAAAAUAUAUUUUGUCAAAUGUUGUUUCCAUCUUGUUGUUUAAUAUAUAGCUCAUAAACUGUUGGGUACUGACCUACCACCGUUUUAAUGACUAUGUCAACUAUUUACAGCCAAAGGCAACCAAAACCUUCAUAUCUAAAAAAAUAUAUAUAAAAGGAAGGUUCAUCUCUUUAUGUUUUUUUUUUUUUUUUGAUGGCUGUUUGCCAUCAUGCUGCUGCUCGUUGUAAGGGCCUCAAAGGAUACCAGUGCAGGAAUGCUUCACAAUUCACAUCAACAAAGGGAAAGAAAGACGAAGACUCUCUCUCUCACCCACAUACACGCUCACAUCCUUUUACUCUCUUACUUCAUUCAACCUCAUCCACCAGAAUGCUGGCUAUUGCACUGAUCAAAGCUGUCAAUGAAAGAAACAUUCAUAUCAAGUUUUUGCUGUCUCGGUUUAAGCUCACAGCUUAUCUCCAAAAGACAAAAUACAGUCUGUGACCGAGUGUGUCAUUAUAUUGACUUCUCUACAGUUUACCUGAAUAUAAGCUGAGGAUGUAGUUGAUCUCGGUAUCAAAUCCAUUGAAGUUUGCAUUGAACAUAAAGGUUAUUCACAUUGACAGUGAUUUGCAAAGCAACCAUUUGACAUUUAUUUUUAAUUAGAGUUGGCAAUUUGAGGCGACACAAGUGACAAAGACCUCAUCUUUAUGCAAAUGGCCAGUGAAGCAAUGUGUUGGUUACUAAAGGAAGUCUGCACACAUAUGAUGAGAUCACUCAUAUGAUCUGUCACUGAGUAAAGAAGUUGAGUGGGGAUACCUGCUAGUAACCCACAGUACAGCAAGUGGUUGAUCUCCAGCAAUGUAACUGCUGUCAGUGUGAAUGCAUCGUCCUCUGUAGACAUCCUCUAGAGAUGGAUCUGUGUGUGUGUGUGUGUGUGUUUAUAGGUAUUUGGACAGAGUGUUGGCUAAAUGUCUGUUUGAUGGGUUUUGAUUUACUUCCUCGGAGGCUGAAGGUUGUUAAAAUCUUAAACAUUCAGAGAACCUCCAUUUGGGGCAUAUAUUUCAUAAUAGCACUUUCAGAAAAAAACAAUAUGCCUUUUUUUGUGAAAGUAAAUAGUAUAGAUGUCAUAAGUAGCUUUUAGAAGAUUUUAAGCAUACAUACACAAUGCUAUAUGUGUGAUAUUUUUACAGGUACACUUAAUACAGUGUUUUUGUUAUUGUUGUUUUGCUUUAUUGCACAAAAUAUCUAAUUGUCAGUGUCUCUCGAUUGAGGCUUCAGCCAAACAAAGAAAAAAGGUCAAUUCCAGCAAGAUUCCUUUAGCAAGUACUUACAAUAUUUAAGGUUUCUGGUAGCUUCAGUAUUGACAAAAUUGUGUAGAUCUAGGUGGCCUGCUACCAUGAGGUCAUCUGAAUGAGUGAUGUCAUUCAUUUAUAUUGCUGCUGAAUCAUGGAUUUAUAUUGUUAAUCUAUAAGAUUACUCGAAAAGAAAACUUUAUCAUUGGGAGCCACAGACUCUCCUGUUCAUUGUCAUUGGUACAAUCACAACACUGAGUGUGUGAGCAACACUCCUGCAAUAAAUCUGAUGGAUAAUGCUGCUAAUGGACAGUGUAUAGCCCCUGGUGGUGCAACCGACUUUCUCUCCUCUUUUUACCCCCCAACAUUUCAAACUGUGUUUUAAAAUAGGUGUGUGUGUGUGUGUGUGUGUGUGUGUGUGAGAGAGAGAGAGAGAGAGAGAGUGUGUGUCAUGGGUUGGGGGUUACGUGAGCCAUAUUGUUAAUGUGUUUGUAAUAUGGUGCAUAUGACACAAACCAUUUAGAGGAUGGAUGACACCACAGCAUGGGGAAGGCCGUGGAGGUACUGACCUAUGAUCCAAGAUAGAUGCAAUGGACAGACAGCAUUCCAGCCAUAAUUAUGUGUGUCAUUGUGUUCUUUUUGUUUUAAUGCCAUUCUUUGUUAAUGGCCUGCUAUUGCUAAUCAUGUAUAUUUUACUUUAAUGUAUUUUACAAACUACUGUUGUACAUGUAUAGCCUAAGACAGACAGAAUCAUAUAUAUCUAUGUGUAUGAAUGUGUGUUAUGCGUUUGUCUACGUCAUGAGAGCCUGCUGCCACAGCUGACAAUUAAUUUGUCUCCUAACUGAUAACAUCAUCCAAAGAGAAAGUUAUUUAUUCACUGACUAGCUGAGUCAGGUAUGUGUUAAGGAAGGCAGGCUGUUGGCAGUUGUGCAUGUUUCUGAUGAAAAGUGUGUGUUUCUGUGUAUGUUCAGACGACCUUUGCUGCUAUGUGAGGAGAGGAGAGAUUUGGUCCAGUGUUAAUACUGUCCACAGUAAUGAGUGAUCAAUAAACACAAGAAAGACUCACUCUACCAGGUGUUUGUAUAAAUGCACAUGCACACACACUGGUUUCCAUUUUUUAUUGGGACAUUCCAUACAUGUAAUGAUUUUUAUGCUUUACAAUCUGUAUUUUCUACCCCUUUACUCUAACCCUGUCCCUAAACCUAU